AUGGCUCGCGCGCGCGGCGCCUUCCUUCUGCUGCUGCUCGGGGCCGUGCACCUCUUCGCGCUCGCGGCCGCCGUCCCUCAGGACGACCCACGGUGCCGGCCGAGCAUCCCGCGGCGUGGCGCCGUCGCGAUCUACCCGAGCGACCUGGAGCAGCUGCAGUUCCUGCUCAACGCCAAGUUCAUCGAGGCGGAGUGGUUCCUCCACGCGGCGCUCGGCCGCGGCAUCGACCGCCUCGCCCGCAACCUCUCGGCCGGCGGGCCGCCCCCGGCCGGCGCGCGCAAGGCGAACCUCGACUUCCACACCACCGAGAUCGCGGCGGAGCUGGGCUACCAGGAGCUGGGCCACAUCCGGGCCAUCACGAACGCCAUGGGCGGGUUCCCGCGCCCGGCCAUCGACCUCAGCGCCGACCGCUUCGCCGCCAUCAUGGACGACGCCAUGGGCGCGCGCCUCGACCCGCCCUUCGACGCGUACAACAGCACCGUCAACUUCCUCCUCGCCUCCUACAUCCUGCCGCACGUCACGGCCUCCGUCACCGUCGGCAUCGCGCCCGCCCUCAUGGGGUACUCCUCCAAGCGCCUCCACGCGAGCGUCCUGGCGGUGGAGGCCGGGCAGGACGCGGUGAUCAGGAUGCUGCUGUACCAGCGCGCCGACGAGACGGUGGCGCCGUACAGGGGCCACACGGUGGCGGAGUUCACGCGCAGGAUCUCCGACUGGCGCAACGGGAUGUCCGGGUGCGGCGCCAAGGACGAGGGGGUCAAGGUGCUGGACCGGCGGCAGGGGGCGGAGCGGAGGACCAUCAGCAACAUCCUCGGCGCCGGGGUGGACUCGCUCGGGUACCAGCGCACGCCGGCGGAGGCGCUGCGCAUCCUCUACGGCUCGCGCAACGAGCAGGUGCCCGGCGGGUUCCUGCCCCGGGGCGCCAACGGCACCAUCGCCAGAGGAUUCUUCCAGCUCGCAUAG